AUGUGGUGUCGGAGGCUAGCGCUUCCUAGGAAGGGUGUCGCGCGGCGUCCGCCUUCCUCACUCGCGUCUGCGUCCGCGUCGUUGUCUUCUUCGCGUUCUUCUCUCCCGUUGCCGCUCUCUCUCUCUCGCUCUGCCUGUCUCCAGGCUCUCGCGCAGAUCCCAGGAGGCGCGGAGACUCGCCUUUGGCUCGCCUCGCGCGCCUUCUCCUCUGCCGCCCGAGAGGCAAAGAAGGCCUCCGCGGCAGCGCCCGACGGUGCCGAUGAAGCUGCAGCUGCGCUGUUCGAUUCCGCCUUCUCAGAGUCCGCUUCGCCCAGCUCUUCAGCCGGCGGAUGGACUCUAGAUACAGGCGAGAUCGUGCCUGAGGCCUUCGCCUCCGCGAAGCGCGUGCGCGACUUCCCGCUGCUCUCUCUGUCUCUGCUACUCACACGGCUCCACGAGAAGCAGCAGGACAUGAUUCUCGCCUGGCAGGCUGAGGGCGGAGAGAGCCGCAGUCUGGCAGCAAAUAAGGGGCGCGACGGUCCGUUCGGCGGCGCGGCGUCGCUCUUUGAGCAAGAGAUCGCGCGCCAGGAGGAGAUUCAGCGAAAAAUGAAAGUUCUGCAAACCUUCUCCUCUCUGGCCGACAAAGACGGCGCGCGCAUCGCCGACAACAGCCGCAUCCCGUCCCUGCCUCACGGCGACGCAGUCAACCUGCUCCUGUGGCUCGCCGCGGAGGCUGAGACAUUGGCCAGCUCCGGUGUAAGUACACCGCCGCAGGGGACAGAAGCGGCAGGUGUAUGUACACCUCAGGAGCCGAGCGCCGCGGAGACUACGGAGGCGGAGGCGACCGAAGAGGAUAGCCUCGCGGAAGGAGAGACGCAGAGCGAUGGCAGAGAGGACACGCAAGGCGCGGACACAACUAGCGAUGCGGGCGAUAGACUUCUGAAACAGAACGCGAAUCUCGAAAAGUGGAGGCUGUGCGUCGCGCGCCUGAAGGAACUGGCUCUCGACGCCGAGGACUCCUUCUUGGCGUUCUACGCCAUGUGCGCGACGAACCGCGUCGACGGCGAGCUGCUGCCUGCGCUGUUGGAGAGACUCGAGGCCGCGUACUUCUCCACGCAGGCGCUCUCAAAGCCCCUCUUCCACCCUUUGUUUGAGAUCUGGGACCCCGCUUGCGACAGCUUCGCGGCCGCAGUGAAUACGCUGCCGCUCAGCGCGAAGGCCCUUAUUGUCCAGGCGGACCGACGCUCGGCGUCCGCCCGGCGAAAGGCAGAGGGCUGGCUCGCGCCGCCGGAGGCCGCUCCGCUGGUCCUCCCCAACUGGCAAACAAUGCAGCCUGUCGACAUGGAGGCGUGGGAGAAGAAGCAACGCCGCGUUGUGAGGACGCGGUACGUGAAGGCGAAGGUCCUCCGUCAGGCCGACGGGCGCAAGUUGGCUGCAGCGCUCGCUCUCCACGGACGCCAGGCCGUUCACGCGGACGCAGAGAUCGCUUCACUGGUCGCGGUCGCCACGAUGUGCCUGCCCGGCUCGCAGAGAUCGCUGCGAGGCGAGCUCCUUCCUGAGACGCUAGACAUUUUGGCGACAGAGCUCCUCCGCCGGUCGCCAGACGCUCUCGCCCCGCACGUGCUCGCGCUGUCUGUGGCGCUGUCGCGCGCAGCGCCCUUCAGCCUCGCGGGCCGCGCGGCUCUCCACCUGGAGGCCGCCGCGCGUCUCUGGAUAUGGAAAAAUGGAUUUGUGCAGACCGAGCGCCUGCGUGUCGACGAAGGCGAGACCGACAGACAACAGCCCGACGCGCUCGACGCCGCGGCGAACGAGUCGAGAGACGCUGAGGAGAGGCGCCAAGAUGCCGUCAACGAGCAAUGCAGGAAUCUGCCUCUGAGUCUGCGCGGCCUCGAAGUGCUGGAAACGAUUGCCUCUUCGCCCUCCGUCUUCACCGCCGAGGAGACUGCGCAGCGAGAUAUCCAUCAGGCUCGCGUGCUUGCGCUCCUUCUGUCGAAUUUUCUCCAAAUGGAGGCUUAUCAGCCCGCGCUCGAGUUCGUGCAGCUGCUCUCCAGCGCGCUGCACAAGACCCUCGCGCGCGCGCCCCUGCCCGUCGCGUCGGCUUCUGCAGAGACUCCGCUCGCCAGCUCGAGCUCCGCUUCCUCCACGCGGCAAGGCGUCCUCUCUCUGAAGGAGGUCGCGGCCGUUCUUGAUGACUUCGCUUCGGCCGGCUUCGAAGUCCCGCGGCCGUUGCUCUCGCGCCUCUUGCAGCAUUUUCUGGUUGGCGUCGACUGUUUUCUUGCGUCGCGCCCGGAGCUGAACGACAGCGCCACCCUCGCGCGGGCGUUUUUCUCUUCGGCGACGCGCGGCUCGCCGCAGGACUGCGCUCGCCUUCUGCAUGCGCUCGCCUCCUCCGCGCCGGGAGGGGGAGGAGGAGGGGGUGGGCAGGCCGGCGCGGAGACUGCGACAGAAGAGACGAACCGCGAAGAACUCGAAAACUUGAGGCGCGAGGCGAUCACGCAGGCCUGGACGCUCAUCGCGCCGAUUCUCGAGGACGUGCAGCCGCACUGCAGGCUGCUGGUCUUCAACAGUCUCAAGGCCGCAGGAGCCCCCCGCGGCGUGCUGUCGACGGCCUUCUUCCAGCGCAGCUUGGAACGGUUCGCCGGCGACUACCCGGACCUGGCGCCCGGCGUCCUCGGGACGCACUUCGCCCUCCGCGCGCCCGCAGAAUAA